AUGGAGUCCGAUAAUCCGAAUGGGUAUAAGCGGAGCUCGAUGCACCAGGCGUUUCAUAGCCGCCCCGUGGAACGACGUCCCAGCAAGAAGUCCUCCUCUCGGGAUCGCCAUGGCAUGGUCUACCCAGACAGCUUCCGUGACACAAGCAUUCGCACCGUGACCCCGGAGUCCCACUCCCCCUUGUCUGAGGCGGAAUAUCUUACUGGCAACAGUGCGAGCGCGCCGUCACCACGGACCACCAUGCGAUCGCGGACUGUUGAGCGGAGCGAGCAAGAGACACCCACAGAAGGCAGGAACCAGCGCACACGAUCGCGAACGACGACUCUGGAGGAACAGCGAGGGGAUAUGGCGCCCAACACGGUGAAGACGCGGACCCGGAUCGGAUCGGUUAAUGCGAACAGCUCGUCUCAGCCCAAGAUGGUAGACACGAAGCUCGCAGAGGAAUCCGCAAGUUCAAUUGGUUUCCCUUCAAUACACUCGCCUAAUUACGUUGGGCAGGCCGUCACACGUCAGCGACUCGGCAAAUCUCCAGGAUCCGGCCUCACGAGCGCCGUGGCACACAACCAAGCGGCCUUCGCCUCGCCCCUAUCGAACACCGACGCCGCCAAGAUCCUACAAUUAAUGAAGACCACAUGUGGACGAAUGCACGGUAUCCUCUCGUUUCGAACGGCGGCGAACAGUCCAUGGUCGUCGAGCUCGUGGACAUCCGGCUACUGCGCUAUCAACGUCGCCACGGGUAGUCUGAUAUACCAAGCCAAGGGCGAGCCAGCCCUGGCGAAGACAUUGAUUCCCGAUCUACGUGGCUGCCGGGUUCGUACAUUGUUCGACGCAGAACUGCAAAGCACCUACCUCAGCGUUCACACAUUCACCUCCGGACUUGGCAUUCAACUACGACCCCAUGUGAACGAGACGUUCGACUCCUGGCUCGCGGCUCUGCUUUGUUGGCAGCCCAUUCGACCAAAGGGCGUUCAGAAUAAGAUGACUAAACCCCAGGCGGUGGUCAUCGGUGAUCGCCGUAUACCUGAGCGUCGACGAAACUCGGAGAGUGCCCAACAAAAGGACGCAGCCAUAAUCAAGAUUGGAAAGAUGCUUCUUUGGGAUAAGCCGUCAGCAUCUGGAGCUCGCCCGGCUUCUGUUCGUCGAGUCUCGACGUAUCGACAAUCAAGAGCUCUGAAUUCUUCGUGGCAGCGGGUAAGCUGUACAUUGCAGGAGAACGGCUUUUUCAAGCUGUUCACCGAGUCUGAUGUCACCCUCGUUGCAACCGUUCAGCUAUCCCAACUAUCGCGCUGUGCGAUUCAGCAACUGGAUUCAUCAGUAUUGGAUGAUGAGUUCUGUAUUGCUAUUUAUCCGCAGUAUACCGCACACCCUGUUCUUGAGCCUGGGAUACGCCCCAUAUACCUUGCUCUCGAGAGCCGCGUUCUGUUUGAGGUCUGGUUUGUGCUUUUGCGUGCAUUCACCAUUCCGGAGCUUUACGGCCCCGAGGCCUUGGAUGAUGAAGAUGGGGAUCCCAACAAAACACCAGAGGCAGAAUCUCCCGGGCAUCCUGUCCCAGACAUGUUCCGAAUUGAGCGUAUUCUUAACCUGAGAGUGACAGAGGCAAAGCUUUGCCGAGCCAAAGAAGAAGAAAACCCGCGCAGUCGAAAAAUGUCCCGAUCGCAUGGUUACUCUGCUCCAUCACCGCCCAAAGCCAGUGAUUAUUACACCGAGGUGCUCUUGGAUGGAGAGAUUCGCGCCAAGACGGCAGUCAAAUAUCGUACUACGAAUCCGUUCUGGCGCGAGGACUUCACUUUUAACGAUUUGCCGCCAGUGCUGUCCCAAGCCUCUAUUCUCGUCAAGACACUCAACCCAACACAUAGGGAUUGGACACUCAUCGCGCAUGGAACGUACUCCAGUCAAGAUGUUAACGCAGCCAACAUGUUGGACGAAAUCGAGAUAUCUACCAACGACGCGAUUUUUGGACGUGUUGACCUGCGUCUUGAGGAAUUGGAUCCUGGCGUGGAUACAGAAAAGUGGUGGCCCAUUUUAGAUGAUCAGGAUCAGGCGGUGGGAGAGAUGUUCAUGAAAGCACGGAUGGAAGAGACGGUCGUCCUGAUGUCGGAAGAAUAUGCGCAAAUUCACGACCUACUCCACGCUUUCACCAACGGCCUAACGAUCAACAUGGCCCAGGUCAUGUCAUCCGAACUGACUCAGCUGUCCGAAAUGCUCUUGAACAUCUUCCAGGUCUCCGGGGCGACGGUGGACUGGAUCUCGGCGCUGGUCGAAGAUGAAAUUGACGGUGUCCACAAGGAAUCUACGGCCAACCGCCUCCGCUACACGACCAGGAUCCAUUCCAAUGACUCCCGCGAGUCUGCCCAGGACCGUGAAAUCCUCGUGAGAGAUAUGGGACGGACGGCUACCGUCGAAGCUAACUUGCUGUUCCGUGGAAACUCGCUUCUCACCAAGGCGCUUGAUCUGCACAUGCGUCGCCUUGGGAAGGAGUAUUUGGAAGAGACAAUUGGUGAACACCUACGGGAUAUCGAUGAGAGUGAUCCAGAGUGUGAGGUGGAUCCGGCUCGCGUGCCACGCACGGAAGACCUUGACCGCAACUGGCGCAAUCUGAUUGCGCUUACUACGGGUGUCUGGAAGUCUAUUGCCAUGUCCGUCGCUCGCUGCCCUCCUGAGCUGCGGCGCAUUUUUCGGCACGUUAGGGCUUGUGCAGAAGAUCGCUACGGCGAUUUCCUGCGCUCAGUAACCUACAGCAGUGUUUCUGGUUUCCUGUUUCUGCGUUUCUUCUGCCCAGCUAUCUUGAAUCCUAAGUUGUUCGGGCUGUUGAAAGAUCAUCCUCGUCCUCGUGCCCAGCGCACUCUGACGCUCAUUGCAAAGGCCCUUCAAGGACUGGCCAACAUGACCACAUUCGGCAAUAAAGAACCGUGGAUGGAGCCAAUGAACAAAUUCUUGGUCGGCAACCGCGCCGAUUUCAAGCUCUUCGUCGACCAGAUCUGCAAUAUCUCGGCGGAGCGGCCAGCUGCUCUCAUUACGCCGUCUUACACCACCCCUCUCCAGAUUCUUGGACGUUUGCCAGCUACCUCGCGUGAAGGCUUCCCCAGUCUCCCUUUCCUGAUUGAUAUCGCUCGAUGCUUUGCCAAUUUGAUCCGUGUCUGGUUGGAAGUGGUUCCAGAGCGCUUGUCCGAACUUGAGGAAGUGGACCCGUUCCUGGCUAAGUUCCAUGAAUUGGCCGUGCAACUGCAGGAACGCACCGAGGAUUGCCUCGACGAGGCCGAGCAAGCGGAACGCCCAAGCGGAAAUCUCGAGGUCAAGUGGGAGGAAUUAGUGGACUCCAUGGAGCGAACUGUGACCUUCUACGACGAGAGCUCAAGUAAACCUGCAACACCAGUCCUAGAAACGACCAUGGCAAGCAACGUCCCGGUCCCAACUUCAGUCUCGAACCCCGCGAGCCACCGCGGCUCAGUCGGCUUCUUCGCCACCCGCCCUACCAUACCCCGCCGAUCGACCGACAAUGGGCCAGAGGAGGAUGACACGCCGCCCAGCUCAUCCUCAGCUACCUGGGACCAGACUCGCAUGCCAUUCUCCAUUCCUCGGUGGUCCGAUGCUCGUGACAGCACCGGUAGCUCCAAGAACUCAUCCACGUACUCGCUCGAAUACUCGGAGAAUGCCAAAGCCCGCCGGUCCAGCGUCACCAAAGAGUCCUCCAGCAAAUACCGCUUCUUCGACUUUGUCCCCGCGCCGUCGCGUCGCAAGAAGGACCGAGACCAGUCUCAGCAUCACUCGCACGAGGAUCUCCGAAACGAGUUCUAA